UUGUUAUAAAUAUUGCGGAGAUGCAGAGCGCGAACUAAAACCCUGAUUGAAGAGGUUUUUUUUUACGGCAAGACGAAUUUUCAUUCACUUCCGAGCUUCAAACUACUGGAUAGGGAUCUUCUUCGACUAGAGUGAUGGCGGAUUUGGAUUUAGAGGACCUUGAUGCUGUUCCGACCAAGGCUCAAGCUCGACCAGGGCGGUUUGCGCCGAAGGGUUCAAGAGCUAAACCGCAACCCUCCAAACUGAAGACGGAACCGGUAUCUACUUCUGAUUCUGUGUUGCCGGAACCCAAUCCCAUUCCUGUGGCUAAAAAGGAAGAAUUAGAUUCCAAGCCCGUGAUAAUCAAUAACAUCCCGGAGUCCAAGCCUGAAGAAGAAGAUGAACGGAGUGCCAACGACGUCGCACUGAUGGACGUGGACACCAAGCCUGAAAACGGAGACAAUGAAGUGCUGGAUAACGAGCCAAUGGACACUGAAGGCGGGGAAGACGAAGUUGUUCGAGAGAUUGACGUUUAUCUUACUCCCUCCAUUGAUCAAGACACCAAGCUAUAUGUAAUGCAGUAUCCUUUAAGACCAAUAUGGCGACCAUAUGAAAUGGAGGAAAGGUGUGAAGAGGUGAGGGUGAAGCCUGCAAGUUCAGAGGUUGAAGUUGACCUGAGUAUUGAUGUUGAUUCCAAGAAUUAUGACAGAAAUGCUGAUCAUCCUAUGACAAAGCAGAGUCUUUUAACUAAAUGGAAACCAACUCCUCUCGCAACUGGAUAUGCUGUUGGGGUCCUGGUUGGCAAUAAGUUGCACCUCAAUCCCAUUCAUGCAGUUGUGCAGCUCCGACCAUCAAUGGAACAUCAGAACCCUGGUGGACCUAAAAAGACAAAUAUUCAAACUAGCACUGCUGAAAAUCCAGUUAAAAUAGAAGAAGCUAAGGAACAAAAGCCUCCAGUUCUAUCUAAGAAGCAGAACAAGCCAAUGGAAAAAUUGCAAGACAAGGAUAAUGAAGAGUCGUGGGUGUGCCUCAAAUACCAUGGUGCACAGAGUGACGUUUCAUCCAGAUGUUUUAAAAAAAUGGUCGAGGCUGAAGGUUCCCCAGUACAGUUUUCCAUGAGCCCGGACGACUAUGUGAAUGUCUUGUGUCCUGGUGCAUUGACUGAAAGUGAUAAAGUGAAAGCCCCCCCAAUAAGGUCUUUGAUUUUGCAUCCACUGGAAGAACGUUUCAAAACUUGGCUUACUGAGGGACCACCUAUUCAUCGUUUCGAUACUUUGAAGCACCUGGCCCCUGAAGAAUCAGCAGAAGAAAUUUUGACAGUCCUCCAAAAACAUGCCGUAUUAGUUCAAGGGCUUUGGAUUCCAAAAAGUUCUUUAGUAUGUAAAAAAGACAAACCUGUAGAACUUGUAGCAAGGGACUAUGUUCUAUCAUUGUUUAGCAAAGCACCUUCGAUAAAAAAUUCAGUGUUUAAAGACAAAGCGGUUGCCCUUGAUAAAGCGAUGAAAGAAGUAUUAAAUGUACUAGCUGUCGAGAGACCAAUCCUCAAUGAUUGGAAGCUUAAAGAGAAGCCUGACACUAAAUUUUUAAAAGAAUUUCCCAACAUUGUGAAGGAGCAAGCUGAGAAAUGGGAACUUCUGGAAAGAAGCAUGCUUGAUAUUAUUUCCAAAGGAAGCAGUAAGCGUCAGGUAAAACAUUCUUCAGAGAAUACUCUUACAAAAAAAUCACCAGCAUCAACAAUUCCUGAUAAGCAAGGGCCAAGAACUACGAAUGGAAGUCAGUCAAGGACACCAAUGUCAGAAGAAACUCGAGAGGCUUUACCGAAGGCCCUCCUGAAACUUUUUAAGGUUCACAAGGUUUGCAGUUUUCAACAAAUCUGCCAACGUUUGAGGGAAAUGGCGGUUUCUGAGUCUGCUCGACCAAAGGGAAAUGCCAGAGAAGCAACCGCUGCAGCAAUGGGUGUUGAUGCUCCUCCAGAGGAGCUUCAGGCAAUUAUAAAUCAGGUUGCUGUAAAUAUACAUGGUGUCUAUGUUUUGAAGUCAUCACCCGAUUUUCCGCAGUAUGAUGCAUUAAGGAAGGUGGUGAUUGCUCUUUUAAUUGCAGAAGGUCCUAAUGCAAAGCUUAAAAGGGCUUCAGUUAUUGAGGCUGCUAGGUUGCAACUUAACAAGGAUAUUACAGACACGGAGUUUCAGAAGGUUGUAUCGGAGCUAUGCGUAUCACAAAGUUCGGGUUGGGUUCUGAAACGCGGUGAUGGAAGUCCAAAAUAGCACUUUCAGAGCGCCUAUCAACUGUUGGAGCAUAUUUUUGCAUUAAAUUCCAGGAACUCCAUAGUUCCAAAGAUCAUUCUUCAACCUUGUAUAACAUGUUGAGAUGUCAGCUAUGAUAUAAUGGAUGCCAUUGCCAUGUCGGGUGCUUUGCCGAUAUUACCUUCGGGAACUAUUUGCUGCAUCGGAAAGGUCAAGAUGAACUCGGGGAUCAAAUUUGGACAACUUCUAAUAGCUCAAGGCCUGAAAUUCAUAGUUUGGCACUCAACAUGAAAAAUCAUAGUGAAUCUAGUGACAGGUUUUAUUAUUAUUAUUUUUUUGUUUAUUUAUAAAAAACCCAUUUUUGUUGUUUGCUUUGAAGAUUGAACCUUGUGCAUUUAUCAAUGCUCACAAAAAUGAAGUUACCUAUUAUUCCUGAA